AUGCUCUCCUCCGAUCUGGAAACUGAGACCACUGCGGAGGACACGGCGAGCAGCACGCCCAAUGAUGCUGAGGGAGAGGAGGAGGAGGAGGAGGAAGACUCACCGGCUGGCAUUGAAAUCCUGGAGGAGCAGCGUCCAGUGAAGCAGUCUCUGGGUGCAUGUGUGUGCCGUGAGUCCCACUGGCGCUGCCUGCUGCUCUCCCUGCUCAUGUACAGCUGCCUGGGUGCUGUGGCCUGGUGUCAGCUCACCCGAGUCACCAAGAUCAGCUUCAACUCCGCUCUCACCUCCUCCUUCACUGCCUCCAUCACCUCGUCUCUCCGUGGUGCCUCCUCUGGGAUGGGUGUCGGGGGUCACUCCAUGAUCUACCACGACAGCCCCUGCUCUGACGGCUACAUCUACAUCCCCCUGGCCUUCCUGCUCAUGCUCUACUUGGUGUACAUGGUGGAGUGCUGGCACUGCCGGGCCCGCAGUGAGCUGCAGUGUAAAGCGGAUGUAGACAGCGUGUAUGAGCGGGUGCUGCGGAUGCAGCAGGCCCGGCCUUGCGUCUGGUGGAAGGCCAUCAGCUACCAUUUUGUUCGGCGGACACGACAGGUCACACGGUACCGUAACGGGGAUGCCUACACCACCACUCAGGUGUACCACGAGAGGGUCAACACACAUAUAGCCGAGGGGGAGUUUGACUAUAGCCACUGUGGGAUGAGAGAUGUGUCCCGUGAUCUCAGAGGCUUGGAGGGCCACCCGGCUACCCGUCUGCACUUCACCAAGUGCUUCAGCUUUGCCGGAACAGGGCCAGAAAACGCUUACCUCAACCAGCGAGCCAGGUUCUUCUCUGAGAUUGAGGGUUUAGAUGAUUACAUGGAGGCCAGGGAGGGCAUGCAGCUGAAGAAUAUGGACUUCAAAGAAAACCUGAUAGCCUAUGUAGACCCAGAUCGGAUGCCUUGGUACACUUCCCAGGUCGUCUUCUGGCUGGCGGCUCUUCUCAUGUUGUCCUGGCCGCUGAGGGUGCUGAUAGAGUAUCGCACUGCCUAUGUGCAUUACCGCAUAGAGAAGCUGUUUGGGCUGGAGUACAGCCACAGCAGCCCAUCUCCUCUGGAUGAAGACGGGCCCGUGAGGAAUAAUGAAUGCUGUGGUAUCCCAAGGGUAGACACACUGGACAGCACUGAGCUGGAGUGGCACAUCCGCUCCAACCGCCAGCUGAUUCCCAGCUACUCAGAGGCCAUGUUGAUGAACCAGGGCAUGGCAGACUCCAACUCCAUACAAGAUGUUGCCGACACCUCCACGUCCCCUAACUCUUUCCUUCUGGACAGCAGCCAGCCUGCCCAGAGUUAUGGCACUCUCCUCACCCAGGAUGAGUGUGAGCGCUGCUGCGAGUUGCAGAGAGGAAGAGGAGAGGGAGGAGGAAGGAGGAGGACCAUCACCAGCUCCAGCUGUUCCUCUCUCUUUUCCUGCCGGGGAGCGCUCUUCCACUCCCGCCUCUCCCUGGACACGUCUCGGUUCUCUCUCUGCCGGAUGUACGGCUCCCAUCGCACCGUGGGUCUGUGGCGGAGUCGCAGCAGCACCCUAACAGACCGCUGCUGUGUGGACGAGCAGUGCUGCAGGUCUGACUCCAGCCAGCUGGCACUCAAUGAGAGCCCACCCACUUACCGGGACGCCCGCUUCUUCCCUGUGCUCAUCGUGCAUCGGCCCGAGGGCUGUGGCAAUGAGGAUGGGAGGGAGGUGCGUCGGUAUUACGUACGCAGAGGGUCCUCCUGUCUGGAGACUUCUCUAUGAAGGGGCCACAACUAGCUAUCAGCUCUAAUUACAUGGUGCAUAAAUGACACUGAUACUUAUAUGACUUCAGCGCUGUACUGUUUUCAUGAACCAUAUUUUUUUCCUGAAGAGUCUAAUCAUAGAGAACUAAACCUCGUUUGUCAAUACGUUCACCAUGUGUGUAUUA